UAAGGGAACUACCAUAAAAGAGGCCUUGGCCAAGUGGGAGGAAAAGAAUGGUUGUAAAGCAUGUGAUGGAACCAAAGUGGAAUUGUAUGGACUUUGUCCACCCAUUGAAAAGAUGGAUGCUUCAUUGUCUACCUUGUCCAAGUGCGAAAGACUAGCUCUUUCCACAAACAGCAUAGAGAAGAUUGCAAAUUUGAAUGGUUUGAAGUCAUUGAAAAUUUUGUCUUUGGCAAGAAACAAUAUCAAAUCCUUAACUGGUUUAGAAGCUGUUGGAGAAACGCUUGAGGAGCUUUGGAUAUCAUACAACGCAGUGGAAAAACUGAAAGGAAUCAAUGUACUGAAGAAAAUAAAGGUCUUGUACAUGUCAAACAAUGCUGUGAAAGAUUGGGGAGAAUUCGGCAAAUUGGGUGAGCUACCUCUGCUGGUAGAAUUGGUGUUUGUAGGUAAUCCAUUGGAAGAAAAGCACAGUGCAGAAGGGGACUGGAGAGAUCUAACAGCAAAAAAGCUUACCAAACUGAAGAAACUGGAUGGAUUGCCUAUAAUCCGACAAGAAGAAGAUGAAGACUGAGGAUUUCAGGCAAACAUCGGGAUAUCAUAUCGGACAUGACUCAGCCUUUAUUCUGACGGACAAGAAUGUAUUGAACAUUAUUUUUGGGCUUGUAUCAUUGUAUCAUCUUCAUCGAUCAACAAACAGUGAUUUAAUUCACUUUCAUUAUACUCUUUGGCCUGAAUUGGUUUUUUCCCAUGAUGACCAAUUAUAGUUAUUGUCCCAUGGAAACACCUGUAUGCAUCACACCAAGCAAUUGGAGUUAUCUUCCUCUAGAUGUCUGUAGAUGUCUUUCAGACAUUUCCUAUGCAGCAGAUUUCUAUGAAAAGCCAUCCAACAUCAUAGAGGAACUAUUUGAUAAGAUAUGCUAUGGAUUCAAAUGGGUUUUUUUGUAUAUAAAUACAAUGCACUUCUCUCAGUCAAAGUACUAAGCUGAAUAUUAUAUAUUUAUCUAUAAUAAUUUAUUUAACAGUAAUAUAAUUCAGUUCAACAGUUAAACAGUACAAACUGCAGAAUAGGAAAUAAAACAAGCAUGUAGCUAAUAUCAAUCCAUUUCUAUGUCAAUAAUUCCAUAUCUCUAUAAUUUAAAAAAUUUCUCAACCCAGCUGAAUAAAGAGAAUUCAGAACCAAAAGAGUUUUUGUUGCCACUAUCAGCAGUGUAUCACAAGAAUGUACAAAGACUUUGUACUUGCAGUCAACAUGUAGCACUGGUAAACAUUGCCUUUUGUUCUAUGAACACGGUUUUCUGUUUAAAACAGUGACUAGAUACAUGGCCAAAUGAACUGUAUACAAAACAAUGUCGAAGUUAUUUUUAUAUUGUCAACAUUGGAUCACAAACCCUAAUAUGAAAAAAGUAGAGGAAUUUUGAAUUGUUAUUCAAUACAUUGUACAAUGAUAAUUAUUAGUUAAUAAGUAAAAUAAUGUGUUACCUAUAA